CUAACGUCAGAACAGAAGACCCGCUGAAAUUCAAAGUUGGAGGAGGUGCUGAAAGCAUAAAACAACAAGAAGGUUGUUUCUUUCUCUCUGUCAGUUGGCAGUUGGUUAUACAGACUGUAGUUUGAUUUCACAACGUAACAGCGUUGUUUUCAGCUCAUUAUGGAAGCUGACGAGGAAAAUGUUGGCAAUGUCAACCUGAAAAGACAGAGAACACCUCUGUCGGACUCUGAAGACAAUGUCCUAUCACCUUCAGCUGUAAAUGAUGGCCAGAAGCGGCGACGUCUGGAGGCAGCUGGUCAAGAGAACUGUAGUCCUCAAGCAUCCUCUUCUGGUCGCCUUGCUGAGCUAGAGAUGAAGCCAGACACCCCGAUGGUUCCUUCAGUCCGUUCCCGAGUCCAGCAAUUCACUCAGAGACGAGAGGGGGGAGCUCCUCUGGCCCAGCGGUGUCUGUCGGACCCCGGGGCUGACAGCCCAUCUGCCAUCAUCUAUGAAAAGGGUUUAAGAGAGCAUCUCCUUGGCGAAGGAGAAUUUCAUCAGCUGGUGGAGCGUUUUAAGGUGCCAGCAUUCCAGGCUGGCCCCACCCCUACACCGGGCCUCAUUAACCCCUCUCCACGGACCCGCUCCAACUUUGUGUCUGCCAUUCAGCAGAAACUCAAUGACACUCCAGCAGCGAGCUCCAAGCAGGUUUCUCGCAUGCGCCAGGAACGGGAACAGGAGUUGAAGAAGUUUCAGUUCCAACCAAUCAGUGAGAAUGCUUGGCUGAAAAGGAGCAGCUCUGAUCCCUCCUUAUCUCAGAGAUGGACCCCACCUGGCCCCUCAUCUCCCUGGCCUCCUAGAUCUAUAGAGAGAGCCAAUUGGCCUCCCUCGGAUAUCGAUGGUGAUGCUGAGAUGAAAGAUGGCAGCUUCACUGAAGCUCCUAAAUCAGGUGUGGAGAAACAAUCUAUGGAUGGGACAGAUACUGAAGUGAGCUCUCACGAUGAGACCAACACUGCUGAAAUAAUAGACCAGAUGUUCGAGGAGGUACUGGAAUACGCUGGAAGGAUUCAGGAUGGAGUGGAUGAUGAAGAGGACCACGACAGUGGCAUUGGCGUUUGCUCUGGAGACAAAGAUAAGCUGGACACUGAGUCGGAGAAGGAGAAAAGUGAAGAAGAGGGGGAGUCCAAAGAAGAGGAGUGCAAUGAGAGCAAGAAGCUUGAUAGCAGCAGAGAUGAGCUGCUGAGUUUUCCUCCGAGUGGUAUCCUCUCUCCUCUCAGCAAGUCUGUGGAGGCUGUGGUCACUCCCCUGCGACUCGCAGCGAGCCAGGAGUCCAAUCCUCCCUCUCUGCUCUUGACUCCAGAGGAGAUUACCACCCCUAUCGCUGAAUCUGCUCCUCUAUACAGUAUUGAUGCUUACCGCACACAAAGACAGAGUAAGCAGCCCACCAUUCAGAGUGUCACUCCUGGGGUUCAGAGAAAAGCUCCAGAGAAGUCCCAACCUCAACCCUCUGUCAACACCAAGGAGAAAAUCAUGGCUCUUAAUGAAGAAGCGGGGAAGCUGCAGACUGUGAUCAACCAGACCCUGCAGGCUCUGAGCUGCUGUACUGAUGAGGAGCAUGGACGAGGUUCCCUGGAGGAGGCUGAAGCUGAAAAACUCCUGUUGGUCUCCUGCGAGAAACGUUCUGCCCUGCUGGCAGAGGUGGCCAGACUGAGGGAGGAGAGGAACUUGGAGUCAGGAGAGGACAGGGAUUGUGUUUCCCAGCAGGCCUGUAGAGGCACUGUGAGCAUCACAAACAUCCAGCUGCCUCUCAAGGUGGAGUUUGUCUGCUCCUCACACAACCGCACAGGUCGGCCAAGUCACUACUUUUUCAUCCUGAUCCGCUAUGGGCCCUGCAACAUCGUCGCCACCCCGCUGGCCACUGCUGCUGAUGCUCAGAAUGGAGACACCAUCUCCUUCCCUACUUCUGUCACUCUGAAGGAUAUCCGUGCAUCCUUCGAGAUUGACGUGGAGGUCUACAGCCUGUCCCACACUUCUGGUAAUAGCUCCACCAUGGACCGGAGCACCAACAAGUCACGGGUUACCCCAAGAAAGCUUCUGAACACUAUCACAAGAUCCAGCAACAGUCUCUCAUCUGCUGCUCCAUCUGCUCUUAACACUCGUCGCUCCAGCAACUUUUGUCUGGUGGGCUCCCAUAAGAUCACUCUGGCCUCACUGGGACACAGCAAGUUCCCUCUGGAUAAGGUGCCUUUUCUCUCACCUCUGGAGGGCAACAUUUACCUGCGUCUGGAAAGUGAAAGUCACUCUGAUGUACACCACCAAGGCUUCCUGACAAUGUUUGAGUUGAGCAGUGGAUACGGGGUGUGGCAGCGCCGAUAUUUUGUUUUGGCUGGAUGCAACAUGUACUACUGGAACUACCCCAACGACAGAGAAACUAAGGAAGCAGAGGGCAGCAUUUCUCUGUCCAGCUCCCCCGGCCAGUGUGUCAGGCCUGUAAAGAGGGACUCGUGUGCUCGACCUUUCACCUUUGAGCUAGCGAGCAACCUCCCACAGCAGCAGGACACAUUGACCAAGUGUUGGUUUUCAGCUGACACCAAACAGGAGAGGUUGGACUGGAUGGAAAAACUCAAUCAAAUUCUGUUGGACUUUCACACAUGGAACCGAACAUCAGCGAGCCAAACUGAGAAUCGGCAAUCCAACGUGUCCAGCAGCGGGAGCCUGAGGGAGAGCAUACUGUAACUAUAUGACAGAGCUAACACACAUAAUACCCACAUGGGCUUUUUUUAUAGUCUCUGCUCUCAGGCAUUAAUGAAUACACGGUGGAAGCAGCUUUAACUAGGCUUUAGAUUCUUUAUCUCCGAGCUGCAAGAGCUGAGCUUCACAGUUGUAAUGAAACUCGCAAAUCACAAACAAGACAAAAUGAUAUAUAUCUCAUAUUGAUGUGCAUUGUUUUGCAUAUUUGACCUGCGUUUUGUUUAUUUCUUUUAAUCUGAAUCCAAUCACAACCGUUGGUUGACUUUUAUUUGCCGAUACAGUUUCCAUUUGAAUUUUUUUUUUUUUAGUUCUUUGUCAGGAUUUUGUGGGGGAAAGUUUUAUUUUGACUUUUUUUGUUCUGUGGCAAUCAGCUGCUGUAGCCUUAGUUGGCAAUAUCAUGUGGUCACGUUCAGUAGCAUAGGGGAAACUUCUCGUAGCUGAUAUAUUUUUGAGAUCAUUUACACACGUAUUGAGAUUCAUAUUGUAUUUUUGCAUUGGUUAAACUGGAAGGAUAAGCAAAUGUAUUUAGUCACACUACUGAAAAUUGAAGGAGGGGGAGAUAUUUUACUCAACCUAACUAAUCUAGAAUGAGAAUAUAUAUGAAAUGGCAGGAAACACUACAAAUUAUUAAAAGAUGGGAGUAAAGCUUGCUGGCUCACUGCCCAGUCGAUUCUUUCAAGUGGAAGCAGACUUUUUGUUCCACUGAACCAAAAUAUGUUUGGCUUUUUGUUUAUAUAAUGUGUGAAGAAUAUCAGUUUAAUGUGAAGUGCCCUGGGGUUUUUACUUUCUCCCCAGUGGCCUGCAGUGUUCACUUAUAUUCCUAAGUAUAUGAUUUAUGCUAUUGCACAUGAAUAAACUCAUAUAUUUACAGAUUUAAACCAAUAUUAUGUAUGAUUAAGUGGACUGUUGAGGUGUUAUGAUGCUGCUUCAAUGAAUGUGGUCUGUUCUGUUUGUUCUUUUCCAUGUUUUUCCACCUAUCCGUCUGUGGCUUUGUGAUGAAUGUUGUCAUGUUAACUCUCAUUCUGUGUGCUUAAUUGAAGACCAAUAAAAUAAAUGGAUGGCUACAAUGGCUACAAAAAAAA